AUGCAAGGUCUGUACCAGGCUGCUGGCCGGAUUCUCAUUACUUUGGGGGCUCUCAGUGUUUUCUCUGGAGUUAUUGCUUUCUUCCCAGUCUUUUCUUACAAGCUUUGGUUCACAGGAUGGAGUGUCUGGAUUGCUCGCCCCAUUUGGAACAGAGCUUUGGCCAUCACUGCUGGUGUGUCCCUCCUGUUGGCUCACAAAGAGAGGACCCAGAGAUACUUGUGGGAAGCUAGUUUCACUUUUGUGAUUCUGAGCCUUAUGAGAUGUCCACUUCAUUGUGCAGUAGCCUUGGAAUCAGCUCUCCUCGGCCCAUGUUGCCUCUACUCAUUUUCAGGGGUAGCAGGGACCAAUUAUCUUGGUUAUGAGAUUGCCUUUCCUUUUCCGUAUGCAAAAUUCCCAUCCGUAUGUGUGGACCCACCACACUAUGAAGAGUACCACCUGACGCUUCAAACCUUUGACCUGUGCCAGUUUGCCAUGACCUGUGCAUCCCUGACCGUGUUCCUCAAGCUCUCUGCAAGACUUAUCUGGAAUGGACACAUAAAUGUUUACAAAGAACAUCCAGGUCCCAUUUGCCACUCACCAAAGGAACGGCUUGACCUGGAGGCUGACUGCAAACCCCCACUAGUGAUUCUUUUGGCUCCUGAAAAUUGUGUGGGUCUGAGGGUAGCAGAGGUGACAAAUGCAUCGAGCAGAAAGGCCAUGCGUGGUGGCAAUAGUUGUGUUAUUGGAUGGUUUCCCCGAGUUUGGGGGACCUUCACUGCCUCCGUGGGGCUGGGCAUCAAGGCGAGGCCUAAGUGGCGCCCCCAGCAGGCUGUCACCGGCAGCAGCAUUCUUUGGUGGGGCAGUGGGCAUCUGGACCGUGGCUUGGAAGUCAGGCCAGCUAUGUCACAUACCAGCAGUGAACUUGGGGGUGCCUAUGGAGGCCCACCACAAAAUCUGUCCAAUAGCAUAGCCCUUUCACCAAAUACAAAGCAAGAACUUUACAAGGUGAAGUUUAGAUAA